AUGAACAGCGAUAAUUUUUUCUUUGAAGAAAGCCUUUUGCAAGAAUUGUCCAACAAUUUGAUGGAAAGCUUUGAUCAGGCUGCCUACUCUGCUUGUUCAUCAUCCGAUACUUGUUCAUCCACUAAUACUGAUGAUGAAUCUAUUUUACAAUUCUUUAAUUUUAAUAAUCAAUUGAUGACAUCGAUAUCAUGUCAAUGCGAAGGUGGUUUUGAAUUGAAUAAUAAUACUAAAGUUUCAAGACCAAGAGGAGCUCCAUUUUCUAUCUACGUUAACGACAAGUUGAACGUUACCAUUUCUACUCAAUUUUUGAGUGAAAAUAAUUUAAAUCAAUCAUCAGUGACAAUUUCCUUGAAGACCUUCUUGUUUGAAGAUGUCUCAUCACUCGAUAGUUUAGAAGAAUAUACUAUCAAUUUGAACCAAGCUAAAAUGGUCAAUAAUCAAUUACAAAUAACAAUUCCUAUCAGAAGAGAUAACACCACUAGAAGAAAGACUAGAAAGUCAACUGCCAAGUCAAUCAAGGGUGAAGAAACUGCUGAAGAUUUGGAAAGAAAGAAAAAGAUGAGAAGAAGCUUGAAUCAAGAAGCUACCAAGAAGGUUUCCUAUAUUCAAGUUAUUGCUAAUCAACAAGUUUUAGCCACUUCUCAAAAUAUGUGGUGUAGAUCCAAGACAAGAUCCGAAAUGGAAAAGAAGAAGGGUCGUAAAACUUCUACUCCAAAGAAGAAUCCAAGCACCAAGAGAAAGUCAUCUGAUUUGAUUCCUUUGGAAAUUGAUGCACAAAUGAUUAAUACUCAUUUGAAGUCUGCCAAACGUGUCAAGCAAACUGCUCCUACUGUUGUUGUUGAAACUCAACCAAUUUCAAUGGUGGAAGAAGAAAUUCCAGAAUACAUGAUGCAAAUGAUUCCAACCAAUUGGCAAGAAGUUUGUGGUGUUACAACUGUUGAUGGUGCCAAACAAGUGCAAACUGUCACAGUCAACAAUGAUGAAGAUGAUGUCUUUGCCUUAUUCGAUAAUGAUUUCAUGUUCCAAGAACCAAUGCCAUCUCCAUCAUCUGCUAUUCCUUCAAUGGGUAUUAAUUUGGAUUUGGAUGAUUUGUUCCCACUCGAAAGUAUCCAACAACCAGCAUCUGCUAUUAAUGGUCACAUGAUGUUCGCCAAGCCAGUUUGUCUUGAUGAUUUGGAUUUCGAUACCUUCUUAACUGAACAAGAAAUAAACAUGUAAAUAAUCCAAAUGAAUG